AUGCAAAUUCAAACGAUGUCUCGCGCGCAGAACUGCGGCGUUCAAUCAUUGAGUCCGAUCAAUGACAGCACCUUCAACCGGCACUUGACGCUUUCGGCGAUUGCCCUCCUUAGAAGGAUCCGACCCCUCAAAGGGACUGUGCUAAUGUUGACGGAUCGACUUUGUGUCAAGUAUGGGCGACACACAGACCUAUCGGAGGCAGCAACCAUGCGUUUCAUCUCACAGAAUACGUCCAUCCCAGUCCCGAAGAUCCUUUGCGCAUUCACGCAUGGAGGUUGUUCCUACAUCGUGAUGGAAAGGAUCAAAGGUGACAUGAUUGGUAUCGGCUGGGUCAAUCGAAGCAAAGAAUCAAAGACGAAGCUUGUUACACAGCUGAAAAAUAUGGUUCAGGAGAUGCGAGAACUCCGGCCUCCCAAAGAAGUAGGGGUCUCUUCUCACGAUCGUGAUUGGCCUAUCAUGUUCACUCAUGGCGACCUCAGCAGCCUGAAUAUCCUCGUUCGCGGGGAUGAUAUUGUUAGCAUCAUUGAUUGGGAAACUGCCGGCUGGUACCCGUCAUAUUGGGAAUAUACUACGGCUUGCCAAGUCAACCCCCAGAAUUCUUUCUGGAUCAACGAAAUUGACAACUUUCUCACGCUCAUGCCAGACGAACUAGAGAUGGAACGAACUCGUCAAAAGUACUUUGGAGAUAUUUGA